AUGUCAAACCAGAGUCAGACAGCUCUCAUUCACAGAUUCAAUGGGAUUCCCUUUACAACUAGGUCAUCACUAGAUCUUCUAAAAUCCUUGGAUGCCUUUGAUGCUAGAGAAGAUGACAUCCUUUUGGUUUCCUAUCCAAAGUCUGGCACUCACUGGCUUGCACAAAUUAUAAUGCAGAUUUACACUCCCAAAGUCACCCUAACAUCACCUAUUGAGUUUGGAGACAUCUCCAAAGUGGAAGAACUUAACAAUCUUUCAUCCAAGAGAAUCAUCCCAACGCACUUGGACUACAACAUGUUACCAUCAAAUUUUAAGGUCAAACAAUGCAAGGCCUUCUACAUCAUCAGAAAUCCAAAAGAUACUGCAGUUUCCAUGUAUCACUACUACAGAGAUAACCCAAAUCUCCCCACCAUAGAUUCAUGGACUGUUUUCCUCCAGCUGUUCUUAAAGGGAGACGUUGUCUGUGGAUCCUGGUUUGAUCAUUUCUUAAGCUGGGAAGAGCAUAAAAAUGACAGAAACAUCUUAUUUUUAUUCUAUGAAGACAUGAAGAAGGAUCUUCCUACGGUUGUGAAGAAAAUGAGUGUAUUUCUGGGACUAAACAUCAGUGACAGUAAAAUCAAAGAGAUUUGUGAGAAGUCGUCAUUCACUGAGAUGAAAAGCAACGUAGAAAAAGAGAACAGUGACCCAAAUCACACCGUUUGUGCACUUACAUCCAAUAGGAAGCUGAUAUUCCGAAAAGGCGCUGUUGGUGACUGGAAAAACCACUUCACUCCAAAACAAAACAAAAUGUUUGAGGAAAUGUUUAAUAAGAAGAUGAAAUUGAGCGAACUGGCAAAACGUAUCAUAUAUGAAUGCUGA